AUGUUAAGCGUAAACCAUUCGGUGGAAGAUAUCCACAGGUAUCCGUACCCACAGAGGACGUCCCAGAUCAACCCGAACAUGUCUACGACGAACAUUUUCCAGCUCAACCAUCCCAAGGCCGUGAGGAGCCCGUUGGGGUCUUACCAGCAAAUCACCCCACCAGCGUCCAACUCAUCUACGCCAGUGGCUGAACGCAGAGAGGGCUUCUUUACGCUUUCUGCUAACCCUUCUACUACCAGUCUAGAAAUCCCAAAGACAAAAGCUACCGGCUGGGCCUCGUGGCUUCCGGAGGUUGACGUGAAGGUGGUGACUUUGUGUGCUUUAUGGUAUGGCUUUUCCAUCGUGUCAAACAACUCCACAAAGGCUAUCCUUCUGCGGUUUUCAUACCCAGUCACUUUGACACAGUUUCAGUUUCUUUUGAACGCGUGUCUUUGCAUCGGCCUCUUUGCAGUGCUUUCCGUGGCUCCCUCGUGGGCUGCUCACUUCCCCCAGGCCUCCAUCCCUAAUUUGCAUGCUCUCGACCGUUCUGUCGUGAAGUUCCUCACGCCUAACGCGUUCAUCAUUUCCACUACUUUGCCUAUGGGCAUCUUCCAGUUUUUGGGCCACAUUACAAGCCAUAAGGCUACUUCCAUGAUACCCGUGUCACUUGUGCACACCAUCAAGUCCUUGUCUCCUAUCUCAACUGUGUUGAUCUAUAGAUUACUUCUCAGGACAAAGUUUAGAACUGUUACUUAUGUGACUCUUCUCCCUUUGAUUUUCGGUAUCAUGCUUACUUGCUACAAACCCAAGAACUUGAACACUGCCCCAGGCUACUUUAGCGGAUUGGGCUAUGCAUUCGUGUCCAUGUUAAUUUUCGUUUCCCAGAAUAUCUUUGCCAAGCAGCGCUUGACCGUAAAGAGUCUGGACGAAACAACUUCUCUCCCAUCUUACAAGGCCGGUGGUGAAAAGAAGCUCGACAAGUUGACCAUCUUGCUCUUUUGCUCGGUUAUUGGCUUCCUUUUCACCAUGCCAAUCUACCUUGUUUCCGAAUAUCGCAAUGAAGUGUUCUCCCUUGGACAGUUAUCACUUCCACUCGUUUCCUUGGUCGUUUUGAACGGCGUAUCCCACUUCUUACAAUCGCUUCUCGCUUUCCAGCUUCUCGGCACCAUUUCGCCUAUCAACUACUCGAUCGCUAACAUCAUGAAGCGUAUCGUUGUCAUUAUGUUUGCAUUCGUUUGGGAAGGUUCUUUCAGCUUUGUGGGUUACCAGAGCUAUGGUGUGCUUCUUACCAUUGCGGGCUUAUACUGCUACGACAAAUGGGGAAUGACCCAUAAACAGUAG